AUGCCUGCCGAGAUCUGGGCACUCUGCACGCUCCCAUCUCGACUCAGCUGCAACAGUUUCCCGAUGAUGUCCUCAAAUACUUCUAUCCGCAGCCCGCGGUCCCGAAAAAGGAGCUUCUUUCCUUUGUUUAGCCUCUGUGGUCCGCUGGUGACAUCGCGGACCCCGCUAACGUGGUCGUCAUCCCCGGCUCCCACGCCCACCACACCUCUUUUUUCCUCCUACCUACCUGUCAUUUUAAUUUUCUUCCUUUUCCUCUUCGCCUUUUCUCUUUCCAUCUUUUUCUUUCCUUCUCCUCCUCCACCUACUUUUCAUUCUCCUUCUCCCCCUUUUUUUCUUCACCCCUCUCUUUUUCAUCUCCUCCUCCUCUUUCUUUUUGCUCUUCUCAUUGUUCUCCUCCUCCUUUCCCUCCGCAUCUCUUAUUCUCCUCCUUCACGUUUUUCGUCCCCCACCACCACCUGCACGUACACUUUUUCUUCUUUUCUUUCCACCUUUCCCUUCCUCGUCCUUAUUCUUACCCACUCCUCUUUUAUUCCCCCUCUUCCUCCACGUUUGUCUUUCAUACCACUCCCUCCCUUUUCCUUCUACUCCUACUCUUCCUUUCUUCUCAUUGUUCUCCUCCCGCCUUUUUCUUCUCCACCUCUUUUUCUUCCGCCACACCUCCUCAGUUUCACCUCCACCCUUUUUUCUUUUGCCUCUCCGCCCUUUUCUUCUCAUCCUCCUACUCCUCUGUCCCGUUUCUUCUUCUUCUUCUUCUUCUUCUUCUUCUUCUUCUUCUUCUUCAAUGAUGUAAGUAAGUCUGAAACUCUACCGAUAAUAGCAGACAUUUCAUCCACCCCCGCUUUUUUCUGCCAUUCCCUCAUCACGAAAUCGCACACACGCACUCUCACUUAUUGCUACAACCUCAUACGUUUCUCUGUCUGCUUCCACCACACUCGUUAUCUCUCUCUCUCUCUCUCUCUCUUACACAAGUACACACAUAUGCACACACAAUCAUCAAUCGCACACUAA